AUGGCGCCCUUUGGAAGAAAGCGUCUGCGGAAAUCCGGGAGGCCCUCGGAGGAGGAGGAGGUGGUCCCAGGAGCCCCUGACUGCAGGAGAGGAGAGAGGAGGGAUCUGAGUGGCGCCGAGGAGGAUGGCAUGGAAGGAAAGACUCCAGUAACUGAUAGGCAUGGUAAAAAAAGACCGUCUGCACGGACAAUUGAGGAAGAAGUGGGGGGUGAAGUACACAGUAUGUUGGAAAAAUUGGGAGAUGACAUUACAAAGUCUCUUCUUGCGAAGAGAAAAAGAUUUGAAAUGAAUACCAAUGCUUCGCUGAAUACCAGUAACCAGAAAUUUGAGCAUGUUUGGAAAGCACAACAUGAACAAAGGAAGAAUCUUAAUUAUGACUAUUCUCAGCAGUUUUCAACUUUGUUUCAGCAGUGGGAUAAAGAUUUGCAGAAAGCUGGGGAACAAGAAGAAAAACUGCAUGAUAUGUUUCGACAGCAACAAAAGGUUUUUCAACAAUAUAGAAUUAUUCAGAACCAGAGAGUGAAAGCAAUUAGAAAGUUGUAUGAGCAGUUCUUAAAGGGUAUUGAGGACUUGGAGAAGGAUCAUGAAAAUCAUCUUACUGAGGCACAAAGGGAACUUAAAGAAGAAAUGGCUUUGUUGCAGAAAAAAAUGUUGAUGGAAACUCAGCGGCAAGAGGUGGCAGCUGUUCGAAAGUCUCUUCAAUCCCUGUUACUCUAG